UCCAGUGUCCUGCUCUGCUCUUUGCUCCACCUCUCUCCUCUGUGCCUCUACACCCUUGGACGGGCAGCGGCCUCCACCAUGAACGACAUCUACAAAGCAGCGGUAGAGCAGCUGACGGAUGAGCAGAAAAAUGAGUUCAAGGCAGCGUUUGACAUCUUCGUGCAGGAUGCAGAGGAUGGCUGCAUCAGCACCAAGGAGCUGGGGAAGGUGAUGAGGAUGCUGGGCCAAAACCCCACCCCUGAGGAGCUGCAGGAGAUGAUCGACGAGGUGGAUGAAGAUGGGAGUGGCACGGUGGACUUUGAUGAAUUCUUGGUCAUGAUGGUAAGGUGCAUGAAGGACGACAGCAAGGGGAAGACUGAGGAGGAACUUGCCGAGCUGUUCCGCAUGUUUGACAAGAAUGCAGACGGCUACAUAGACCUGGAGGAGCUGAAGGUGAUGCUGGAGGCCACAGGAGAGGCCAUCACCGAGGACGACAUAGAGGAGCUGAUGAAGGACGGCGACCGCAACAACGACGGAAAGAUCGACUACGAUGAGUUCUUGGAGUUUAUGAAAGGAGUGGAGUAAACAGGACCAGGAGACGAUGGACGACCCUCACCCCAUAGUGUUAUUUUUGUAUCUCAGUCCACAGACACCUGUGAACAUCUGGAGGCUGAUUUUGGAUGCCAUUGAGAAACUUUGAACGACUUUGCAAGAUUUAGUUGAAUAUUGGAUUGGUUCUGUAUUUUUCUUACUUUCUACCAUUUCUUGCAUUGUUGUAAAUAUUGUUUGCAUCUAGUUUGGUGCCCACAUACAGUAUCUGUGUAAAUGCAAUCAAUUAACAAACCCAACAUUACUUCAGUUUGGCCACAAACGAUAAUUUUUUAUUUCAUAGUUGUGCAGCACCACAUACCGUUUACAAAUCUUUCUACCGAAUGAGUUCUGUUCAUACCCCUAUACCACAAUUAGGUUGGUCCAUAUAGGCUAAACAUCCGGUACAUUUACAAUGAGUCUACUGUCAGCAAACACUGUAUGAUGUAUAGUAUGUGUUCCAGUAUGUUGGAGAGAGACCCUCUCAUGGAUGUCUACACCACACAUCUGCUUAGAUUGAGCAACCACGUAAUAAACAUGAUGCAUUUGUCAAAGC